UUCAAGCUGCCUGGCAGUCAGACUAACUGAGCUUCAUUUCCGUUUGCAGAAAGUGCUGGGACUGUGAGCUGCUGCUGCUGCUGCACAAUAACAACACGUUUAUUUCUCAUCCCUGUGCCUCAGCUUCCAGGGGGUGACAGAGAUCCUGCGAGAGGGCUUCCCAUGCACACUCCAUCUCUUCUCAGUCAGGAAAAGUUUUCCCCGCUCGCUGGACGAACCAUCUGGAAGUGGGACGUUUGUGUCUGAUGAGACCUCGUGGAUGUAACACUAGUGGAGCCUUUCUCUGCUUGUUGCCAAGUUUGGAGCCGUUGAUGCCCCCUUCCCCUGCUGCUGAGAUGUUCCUGUCUGUCUCUGGGGCUCUCUGAAACUUUUUUCUUCUGGUUGUACUGCUCUUAUUUAUAAGGAGGUUGUAGGGAUGGAGAUUGAGCAAUCGGCUUCUCUGGGUCGGAUGGGGAUGAGGAAAACAGAACAGCUCAGUGGAGUGGGGGGGAUAUGUACUCUGCUCAUUCCGAAACUCAUGGGGACAGUGACACCCUGGUCUCACGUCUUCUUUGUGGUGAUGCUAAUGCUCUGCUGUGUGACUUAUGGAAGUGGCCAGGACCUGAAUCCUAGAGGAAGGAAUGUAUGCAAAUCCCAAGGCUCUUCAAGUCUUGCAUGCUGCCCAGGAUGGCGACAGCAAGGAGAGGAGUGCCUACUAGCUGUAUGUGAAGGCAACUUCACCUGUAAAGAGAAUGAGGUCUGUGUGCGGCCGAAUGAAUGCCGCUGUCGUCAUGGAUACUUUGGUGCAAAUUGUGAAACAAAAUGUCCCAGACAGUUCUGGGGCCCAGACUGUAAAGAAAAAUGUGCCUGCCAUCCUCAUGGACAAUGCGAUGAUGUCAUUGGACAGUGCACAUGCAAUGCAAAUCGAUGGGGGACGAACUGCGAGAAUGCCUGUCUCUGUAAGCAUGGCAAAUGUGAUCAAGAGACUGGAAAGUGUACCUGUGAACCCAACUGGUGGGGACCUCAAUGUUCAAAUGCUUGCUACUGUAGCACCAACUCACAGUGUGACCAAGCCACUGGCUGGUGCAAUUGUCAGCAAGGCUGGUGGGCGCGGAGCUGUAACAACCAGUGCUCUUGCAAUAAUUCUCCAUGUGAUCAAAUAACCGGACGCUGCCUGUGCAGGGACCGCUUAUGGGGCCCUCGAUGUGAAAGAGUAUGCCAAUGUUUUAAAGGGAAAUGCAAUCCAGUGGAUGGAUCCUGCACUUGUGAGCCUGGCUACAGGGGCAAAUUUUGUCGGGAACCUUGUCCUGCUGGACUUUAUGGGCAGGGCUGUAAGAAACGGUGUGGUCAGUGUAAGGAGCAGCAGCCUUGUACCGUGGCAGAUGGCAGGUGCAUUGCAUGUGAAUCUGGCUGGAAUGGAAUAAAGUGUGAUCAGGUUUGCACUCAUGGUUUUUACGGUGACGCAUGUGAGAAAAUAUGUCCUCCGUGCAAAGAUGGACACACUUGUAACCACAUAAAUGGGAAGUGCUCACACUGCAAUCCUGGCUGGAUUGGGGAUCGGUGUGAAACAAAAUGUCGCAAUGGCACAUAUGGUGAGAACUGCGCCUUUGUCUGCACUGACUGUUACAAUGGAGAGUGCCAUUUUGAGACUGGAAAGUGUCUCUGCAGUGCAGGUUCCUAUGGACCAUACUGCAACCUAACAUGUCCAGCCGGCCAAUUUGGGAUUAAUUGUGACCUGUACUGUAGCUGUUAUGAUGACAAGUGUGAUCCCAUGACUGGAGCCUGCCACAUGGAAGCCAAUCAACGAAUGGGAGUAAUUGGAGCAGGAGCUCUUGUGGUGUUAUUGCUUAUCCUGCUGCUGUCAUUACUCUGUUGCUGCUGUCUCUGCCGCAAGAAGGACGAAUCAGCUGAUGGAAACCAGAAACAGGUAACAAACAAGAAACCCCCUCGACGCUUCUGUGGAUGUUUUAGCCGAAUCAGCAUGAAGUUGCCUCGAAUUCCCUUGCGCAGACAGAAGCUGCCAAAAGUUGUUGUGGCUCAUCACGACAUGGAGAAUACUUUCAAUUGCAGCUUCAUUGAACCACCAUCUGUUGUUGAACAACCAUCACCAUCAUGGUCAUCCCGUGGUUCAUUUUCAUCCUUUGAUACCACUGACGAUGGACCAGUAUACUGCGUGCCUCAUGAGGAAUCGGUGGCAGACUGUAAAGAGAAGGGAAAUGCCAGUGUCCUGGAAAAAUUGACACCACUAAUUAAUGAAGAAGAAGCUGGGGAAUAUACCUACUUGAAAGAUUCUGGAUCACCUAAGUCAUCCCAAGUUGACAACAGUGAAACUCCACUACUCAAAUCAUCAGAUAGUGAAAGAUCAUCUUGUGGAUCUGGCUCAACUGGUGGGGCUUUAUAUGCAAAGGUUGCAAGGCUAUCUAAACAGUCUAAAGAUGAAGAUGACCCUAGCAUGGAUAAUAGAAGUGCUACAAUUGGUGGAAAACCACCAUCUCCAGAAAGAACAAAACCUCCUCCACCUGACCCAUCUACAAAGCCCAAAGUAUCUUGGAUUCAUGGCAAGUAUAAUUCAAAUAACUCUUACUCACUACCAGCAUUUAAUAAGUCACCAGAUAAAUCAACCAAUAAUUGUGACCAAUUAGAACAAAAUUCAAGUGUUAGAGAUCACCAUAGGAAGAGAACUCCCAGUGACACAAGCCCUGCUGGACAAGGCAAAAAUGAAGAAAAAGUUAUCAUGAGGAAUAAGGACAAGGGGCAAAAGUACUUGAAGGAUAUAAACAGCGCAGAAAGCAAACCUUCUGAAGUAGCCCAGUCUCCAUCCAAAUCAAAGCACCGAAACAAAAGCCAUGAUCACAUAGAGAGUAUUAAUGGGACAGUACAAAAUGCCCUGAAAAGAAUAGGAAAUCUACAUAUUGAUAAAAAAAAUGGUGAUGGUAAAGACGCUCCUAGGAGUCCAGAUAACAGCAAGUCUCGGACUGAGGUACUUCAUCCACAUAUGUCAUCAGAGGCAGCUUCAUUACUGGCUGCCCAACUAAAAGAAAAAACUCAAAGUCUGAACAGGGUGGAUGCCAACACCAACCAAAAUGGCAUUGGCCCACUUAAAACACAAAAAGAGAAACCUACUCCUCCUCAAAAAGCCAAGCGUUCUGCAGCAGCCAUUAACCAGAAGUCCAGCAAAGCAAUUCUACCAACAACCACCAAUCUGCAAAAAAUGAUUAGUCCAGUUUCAGAGAUCGUUCCAGCCACAGGAAAUCCAGUUGAAAAACAAAAUUCUAACAGCAGUCAGGAUCAGGCUGCAAAUGUAAAGCAAGAAACCGGAGAAACAGCAGUUAAGAAAACACCUAUUAAAAAGCCUCCUAGGAAGAAAAGCAAAGAUGCAACCUUGGACACUGAUGGCAAAGUGCAACCAAAAAUGGCCAUAAUGCCACCACAGUCAGUAAAAUAAUGGUGGCACAUUUGCACAUUGUGAUCUCUCCAAAUGGGGCAUUAUGAUGGAUUCUGUUGACUUUUGCAAUAUACUCUGAUGUAUUUUGCUGUAGCCAUAUUUUGAGCCAAAGAAAACUGCGACUGCCCUUGGGGCAUGAGGAUGGAUAUAGGUGGAAUCAAUGGAGACACGUAUGGCCUGAUGUACUUAAUCUUAUACAGAAUAUAUCCAGAACACAACAUGUGUCACUAUAUGUGGUUUUCUAGUGCCUCUGAAUUGUCUUGGAAGAACAGGCCAGGCUUAACUGAGGAAAGGGUGAUCUUAAAAGAACAUUUCUGAUAACUCUUGAUACUAUAACUGAGGAAUGUGGUAAUAGAGACAACAGCUAUGGCGCCUUCAUAGCAUGUGUUUGUCAUGUAAACCUAACUUUUCACUAUUGUUAGUUUUUAUUUAGCAUAAUUAGCUACUGCCAAUUCUUGCCUUUUUUUAUCUAGACGCUUCACAAUACUUCAUUGUUUGAAGGAGCCAAGCAACUAAGUUAUUUAAACAAAUGCUUAUUAUUGCAUUCCGCUAAAAAGUGGGAAGUCUGGAGGAUCUUUUUCUGAUUGGAUCGUAAACACCUGUGACUCAACAGCAUAUCUUAUUUGGCCAUAGAACUGUACCAUUGUGUAUGGCGUUCAACUUUUACAACUGUCUCAUAAAGUGCAUAAGCAGUGCUUAUUUUAAUAUAAAAUAUUUUAUGAAUCUGUCCUAGUUAUGCAGUAAUGGAUAAGCUAGCUUUUUAAGCUGUUUUAUUUAGUUUUUGUUUGGAUAUUUUGUACCAGUUAGUAUUACCAUGGUGAAAUUCGCCUGGCUACAAAUGCAUCAUCUCGCUACUUAGAUAUAAAAUUUCACUAAACAGUAAACAUUGUUAAUGUGUGCCCAUCACAAUAGGGCUUAUGCUGAGUUUGGCAUAUGACUAUUUGCUUAAUGUAAAAUACCCAAAUUUGUACUGCGCAUGCCCACAGAAACAGGCUAAUAACCUACUUCCAUAUGCAGAUUUGAGGGUUGCACCUUGGAGAGGAAAGGGGGGAGGUGUACACAGUCAGAUAGAGUAGAGAAAGGGGCACGUUUGUGUAAUUGUGAACUCGGGCAGACCCACAUGGAGACGCUCUUGACUGGCGUAUGAGAGUCUUCAUGUUUCCUUUUUAGUGAAAUUUUAAUUUUAAGAAUCUUUUAUAUUUGAUGGGUUGAUUAAAAGCAGGUGAAAUGUAGUCUUGAAGUCAGCCAGCCAUAGAACCUGUGUAAUUAAUAUGUGCCCAGAAUUAAAGGGAUGAGGUGGCAACCCUACGUGUGGGUGCCUGAGGGCUGGUGCAGAUACAGGUUAAUGAUGAUGACAGUCACCAGCACUUGCUAGUCCCUACUGAUUGACUGAUUGCAGAUUCUCCUCUAAAACUGUAUAGGGGAGUCACACCAACUGUCACCCCAAACUGACUCACUGGCAGUUGGUGUGGCUUCUCUAUUUGAAAUUUGAACUGCGCUACAGCCCCACCUCUGGAGCCACCACUGUUUGAUCCUUCAUUGAUCCUGGAUAUAUACUAUGAUUUUGUGGGCAUUUUUUAUAUUGAACUUUUUGCUACUGUAUUUUACAGUAAUUCAUACACGCGGAAGAACAUUAAUAUCAAAUUAUAUCAAAUAUAAAGGAUUCUUAAAAUUGAAAUCGAAACUAACAGCAAAUGUGUUUUUCAUUUUUCAUAUCAAUGUGACCUUUUCUUGCGCUUUUGACCUUGAUGGGUGUAAGUAGGCUUUGCCAUUAUGCAAACCAUAUAUGACUGGUGCAAAGCUAGAUACAUUUGCGAUGCUUCUGAAUCAGCAUACAGAUUAUUUUUAUAUGCAAUUUUUUAGAUCUUAUUAAUAUUAUUUACUAAUAUGCCUUCAGUUGAGCCCAAUGAAGGCAGACAUAUUAUCAGAGCUAAUAUUUAUGACCAUUCUGCCUAUAGAUUCACAAAGGACUAGUGACAUCACAGAGACUCUUUCUUAACUCCUAGUGAGUAGGCAAACUAUAUUCUGAGGAAUGUUGCUUAAGCCCAAAAAAGGGGAUUAGGGGAUAGGUGCACAUUAAAUAGUGGUACUUUUAGCAAAACGUAAUGUCUAAGCGAUAUUUCAAAGCGUGUUUCUCUUACAUGCAUAACAUUGGCUUUUCCCAUGUUGUUGAAAUAAAAUUAAGUGGGAUUCUUAAACCUCUACAAUAUGUGGGCAUGAAAGGGAAGAAGUCACGCUUCACUGCAAAUACCUAUGAUAAGUAUAAUAACUUAAGUGUGAUAAGUGACAGCAGUCAUACAAUUAAAUGGUAGUGUUCUCAUGAUAAGUUGUAAGCAAUAACAACUUUUAAGACCUUGAGGCUCAUGUACUUUAGUUUAGCACUUACUGCUUUAUUAAACCCCUUUCACACAAAAAAAAACUAAGGUCCAACCUGGGUUAUUGAACACGAUUUCAAGCCAUGUCAUAGCUGUUUGGAACCAUGUCGCACUGCAGGUUGGACCAGGGUUAUUGCCGACUUGGGUUCCUUUGAAUCAUCUCCAGGCACCUGUGAUCUGGCUCUCUGCUAUCUUUUAGUGCAACCUGGUUCAGAUAAUCCACAUCGCACUUUCACACUACAGACUACCUGCUUCGGUCCCAAAUUCGUCCCUAGAUCAAAUUCCCAGUGCACCAAAUCCGGAUAGUCCCUUUCACACCAAACCAGGAUCCAGGGUUGCCCCAGCAAUAUUCCGGGUGAGAGGCUCGGUGUGAAAGGGGAAUUAAUUAACAACUCGUACAAAUUAAUUGUAUGCACUUUCCAACUCAAACUUUCAUAAUCUCUAAUGAUGAAUAAGAGGAGAAGUAGCAUUAAUGGAUUCAAACACAUAGCAUUGUUUGUUAUUAACAAUAAAAGAUUGGUUUAAAAGUAGUUACAAAUUGGAAUUGCAGAUGAAUGCCUUUGUUAGCGCUUGAGUUAUUUAAUAUUACGAAUUGAUGGCUACAUUUGGCCUUGAAAGCUGCAGAUCGAUCACUAACUGGUAGUCCCCAAAAAACACUCUAUGACCCGGUGCCCUUGAUUGAAUUGACCUGCAUGUGUACAGUAAAACAUAAAAGGGACAUAAUAUUAAUAUGUAUAACAAUGCUAAAAUAGUUAAAAUAUACCUUUUUCUUACACUGUAAACUUGUUUUUAUUCUGGCUGUACGUUCAUCGGGUAUAGCGUUUAGACUUUAGACUUGAUCAUCUGUUUGAUGGUAUACUUAUGGCUGCAAAAGCUGUAGAUGCAGAAUCAUUUUACAGCUGGGCCAGUCUCUGGAGUCUAUUUAAAAAAUCUUAAAUCUAUUUCUGUCAGUGUGUAUACUUUUUGACUGCCGAUACACUAUUAUUUUUGUACCAGUUCCCACACAGGGAAACAAACAUGUACUGUAGACAUAUGUAUACAUUUCUCCAACAUUAAACUUAAAUAGGCUGAGAAUGAACUAAAGAUAGAUUCUUGUCAAACAUGAUGCGAAAAACCUAGAUUUUGUUUUUAAUGAUAUACAUAUACACACAUAUAUAUAUCAGAAGGCUUUUUUCCACACUGCUGAUAUCCAUAUGUUAGUAAUGGCAUGUACUGUAUGCACCCUGUGUUUUCUUUACCAAGUAAUUUUAGACUAGUGGGAAAGUACAGUACUUUGUUGUGCGUUAUAAUACUAUACAUCAUUUCACAAGCACAAGACCACAAAACCUCUGGUUAAACUUAACUGUGGUAAUGGCUAUUAUCUCUUGAAGCCUCGUGGAAACAUCUAUAUAUCUUUCUAUUAAACAGUCAGACCAGUGCCGUAACUAGACAUUUUAGCGCUGUGUGCAAGAAACGGCACUGGCGCCCCCCUCAUGCAAAAUAGGGGGAGUGCGCGCAAAAAAUAUAUGGCGUGGCUCCAUGGGGAAGGGGUUUGGCCACAAAAUAAUACUAAUUCAUAUUACGGUGCACAGUAGUCUCCAUUAUUCAAAUUACGCUGAACAGCAGCGUCACUACACCAGGUAGAGCCCCUUUUACACAUUACGGCAGACAGCGUCCUCUUUUUACACAUUAUGGCACACAGCGUCCGCUUUUUACACAUUACGGCAGACAGUUCCCCUUUCUACACAUUACGGCAGGCAGCGUCCCUCUUAUUACACAUUACGGCAGACAGCGUCCCCCUUUUUACACAUUACGGCAGCCAGUCCCCCUUUUUACACAUUACAGCAGACAGCGUCCCCCUUUUUACACAUUACGGCAGACAGCGUUCCCCUUUUUACACAUCUCAUUAUCUUAGCUCUAUAUGCUUCCAUCCAUUGCUGCACCUUUGUUGAUGAGGUUUAUUCUUUCUGACUUUCAUGAUAAUAUAACGUCAGAUAUUAGGUUACGGAAAGUGUAAAUCAGAAAAUCAUUUGGGAUGUACAAGUAUGUGAAAGUCUUUCUUUGAAUACUCUUGAUCCCUAGCUACAAGUAAAACUAUUUUACGAUAUCAUUUCUUGCAUGUUACUUUAGACUGUAGUUUUGCUACAGCAAAUCCCAAGGGCUCCCAGAGGUGCAUUCUUUAACAUUGCAACACUGCAUCUUUUUAUCUGUUUUUUUUUUUUUUUUUUGUUAUUUUUUAUUAAACAUAGAACAGUUGUAAGAUGCAAUUUCCAUGUUUGGAAUUUCCAAGUAAGAGUCAUUCCCCAACAGCUUUUUUUUUAAUGUUUGCUGUAUCCCUUUCAGAUCCUUAGAUCAUCCAGCUAUCUUCUAGGUUUGUCUAACUGACUGCAUUCAAUGAUUUUCCACUCAUGAUGUAUGUUUACAUGUAAGCAUGCUUAUGGAAGAGGCAUAAUGCUUCAAUAUCAUAUGUAGGUCUGAUUUGCAGUUAUCAUCAGCAAUAUAUAGAAAUACAGUGGCCUUUGCUAAAAUGGUAGCACAGUUCAUAUGCACAGGUGUCUAAUAGUCAUAGCCCAUGUGCUAAGAUACUAAUUUUACAUUUGCUUACAGAAUUGACUGCCUUUUCUCUUUGUUCUCUUGGCUGUCAUUAUAUUAUAGAUCAUUAUAUGGGACAUGAGGUUCCUACACUUAAGGCUUAAAGGAAAAUGAAUUAUACCAUAUAUUAAACCUUUUAAAAAAAAUUAUCAUCUUUUCUCUUAUACUAUGGCCAUAGUCCCUCGCCCUUGCAUACCAUUUCUCUAUGCUGCAGGAAUAACUGAUGGAUUUUGGCCUCAAUGUACAGAGAUAGCCGCAGCGGGAUAACAUGUUGACUGGUCUCCAGUUUCUACUAAUAUCCCUCUAAUUUAAUAACACUUGAACGUUCCAUAUCCAAUAUGGCUACUAGGGGUUUCAAAUGUAACAGCAUAGUGGGCAGGCUAUUAUAGUGGAAAACAGACUAUUAUAAUGGGAUGCAGGCUGUUAUAGUGGGAGCAGGCUAUUAUAGUGGGAAGCAGGCUGUUAUAGUGGGAUGCAGGCUGUUAUAGUUGGAAGCAGGCUGUUAUAGUUGGAAGCAGGCUGUUAUAGUGGGAAGCAGGCUGUUAUAGUGAGAUGCAUGCUGUUAUAGUGGGAAGCAGGCUGUUGUAGUGGAAUGCAGGCUGUUAUAGUGGGAUGCAAGCUAUUAUAGUGGGAAGCAGGCUGUUAUAGUGGGAUGCAGGCUGUUAUAGUUGGAAGCAGGCUGUUAUAGUUGGAAGCAGGCUGUUAUAGUGGGAAGCAGGCUGUUAUAGUGGGAUGCAUGCUGUUAUAGUGGGAAGCAGGCUGUUGUAGUGGAAUGCAGGCUAUUAUAGUGGGAUGCAAGCUGUUAUAGUGGGAAGCAGGCUGUUAUAGUGGGAGGCAGGCUGUUAUAGUGGGAAGCAGGCUGUUAUAGUGGGAGGCAGGCUGUUAUAGUGGGAAGCAGGCUGUUAUAGUGGGAGGCAGGCUGUUAUAGUGGAAUGCAGGCUGUUAUAGUGGGAAGCAGGCUGUUAUAGCGGGAUGCAGGCUGUUAUAGUAGGAUGCAGGCUGUUAUAGUGGGAAGCAGGCUGUUAUAGUGGGAGGCAGGCUGUUAUAGUGGGAGGCAGGCUGUUAUAGUGGGAAGCAGUCUGUUGCAUUGCACUUCAUUGCAGCAAGGCUCUGGACAUCUAUAUUUUUUUGCAAACCCAAUUUCUCCUGGACCACAAGAAGAGGGGUCUCACACAAGGACCUUCAUUCUGUUGAGCAGGACAGUUAAGUUAAUUUUAAAAUAUUUAUUAUAAAGUGAAAUUGUCCUUUAAUUAAGUUACUUUUUAACUUAAUUUAAAGAACAUGAAGGAGACAAAGUGCUUGCUCAUUUGCAAACCAUUGUUGGUCAUUUGAUUAAUUACCCACAUUUACAUUAGACAAUAUUCUUAUUGUUAGUAUUAUUUGUCUGCUGCUUUUUUGAAUUGAUGAGGAAUUUAUAUUUAAUGUCACUUCUCUCAAAUUGGAAUUCACCAAUAAACAACAAUGCUUUUACUGCUGACUAAUGAAUGAAAAUAAAACACAACAUGACAUUGGUCAAUCAGAAAAAUGAACUGACUGGUGCGGAAUCACACCCUCUUUUCAUUCAAUCAGAAAAAGUCAGUGCUCUACACAUGUAGAGCAUAUUUUACAUAGUUUAAUCCCUACCUUUCCAAUUCUUUUAAUUCUAAACCAAGGUUACAUAUGUACUAAAGACAAUACAUUGGGGGCAGAUUCAGUUAUCCAGCCAUUGACUCAUGCGGUGUGUUCCUGCUAGAAUAGCACAUAAAGUAGACAGAGCUAUUUAGUUACAGACCCAGAAGCAGCCCCUCGGCAUCCGUGAACGAGCUCUGUUCUCACUGUCUGGAGGUGUGAGCAGAAAUAAAAAUCAACUACUGCAUCAGGGCUGCUCAUUGGUUGAUCACCAGUCUGUGUUUCAAUAGCUCUGGGCAUUUUACCCACUGGAACAGACCCACGAGACCCAACCAGAGCUCUUUGAAUCUGCUCCAUUGCCUAGAUUUACAGAUGUAUAAUGAACUUAUGCAAAUAUAAAACCAGCAAUAAUGUUUAUAAUGCGCUUUUGCAAUUAUACUUGGGAUUUAUAAGUUUAAAUAUAGAAUUUAAGCUUUAUGAUAUUACUGAGAAGCUUGCUUACUUUUAUUUGACAAAUUUGUUAAUAUUGUGAUAUAGUCCAUAUCAACAUGUAUACAACCUCUUCUUAUACCUGUUAUACUUUUGUUAGUUUUGUUCAUAAACAAUUCUUUUGUCAUUUUAAUUAAAAAAAUAUAUUUUUUCUGUCCAGAUGGCUGGAUAUAUAUUGUACUUACUGUUUAGCAAAUGUGGAUAUUAAGGAGGGAUGGCUUGAAUGUGCAAGUUGAAUACAAUUUCUCCUUUGUUAAUUCAGGUUUUAUUUCAUAUUUGUCAUCUCUUGAAUGUGUCAUUGUGGGUCAAGAGUCGGGAAUAGGGUAAAUGUCGAGCUGGUUUUGACUGAUGCCCUUUGUACCUGAGAAUAUAAAAUACUUUCUAGUGAAACUGAAAGCUAUACACAACCAAUAUUGGAAUAUUGGUGAUGGAAAAGUUCUAUUUAUAACCUGACAACUGAACCAGUGUGUAAGUUGAUGUUUGUAAUGUUAUUUUGCAAGUAGGUUUAGCUACUUAUUAUUUUGUAUUAAAAGACUGGUACUGCACCUGAUAUUGUUGCCCCAGGGAAAAGCUUUGUUAAUAAAUCUCUUUUUGUUUCCA